UUCUAUAUAAACAUGGAGAAACAGAGCUGCGCAAGGAAUUCAAAAAGAACAGAGGGAAAGAAGCUUAUGUUGUAGGAUUCCAUUUCGCACACCAAGACUGAUUUCAGAAAAUGUGUAAAGGAUUAGCUGCCCUGCCCCAGACAUGUCUGGUGAGGGCUAAAGAGAUCAAGACUAAAUUAGGAACCCUCCUUCAGAAGCCAGAGAAUGCCAUUGACCUGAUUAUCCCCUAUCCUGAGAAACCAGAGAGGAAGCCGGAGAAGCUUCAGAGACCCAGCCAUGAAGAGGCCGUUCAGUGGCGUGAGUCUCUGGAUCGGGUCUUGGCCAAUGACUGUGGUGUGGCCAUGUUCAGAAGCUUCCUGAGAUCCGAGUUUAGUGAGGAGAACAUUGAGUUCUGGGUUGCUUGUGAGGACUUCAAGAAGACCAACAGCCCCAUGAAGAUGGCUAACAAGGCCAGGAAGAUCUAUGAGGACUUCAUCCAGACCGGUGGGCCUAAGGAGGUGAAUAUUGAUCAUGUCACCAAAGACAUCACUCUGAGGAACCUGGUUGAUCUGUCUUCUGCCACCUUUGACGUUGCCCAGAGUCGCAUCUUCACCCUGAUGGAGAAGGACUCCUUUGGCCGGUUCUUGAGGUCUGAGAUGUACCAGGAGCUGAUGAAGUAAAUCUCUGGCAGAGCUGCAAGGGAGUCAGGUUACCCAGGUUACGCAGCACACAAAAAAAUGCCCUUUUGUUUGGUUUUGAAAGUAAUCUAUUCCUGUGAGGACAGGAGGAAAAACUGCAAAGAAAUGUCGUGCUAGACAAUUUGGACAGGUAGACUAAAAUAUUCAGCAAAACUGAAUUUACUGUAGGUCUGAAAUUGUUUUGUCUCCCUGCAGCCUACUAAAAUAUUAAUAAAUUAUUCACAGGAGAACAAAAAUAUCACACAUUUUGAGAAAAUUGGUGUUUCCAAAUGCUAUUAUGUUUCCCCAAUUAAAUGGAAUAUUCCAGAAUUAUCCAGUAUACUCACAUUCACUUCACUACAGCACUUUUAUUACAGCAACAUUUUGCUUUAUGUCAGACCUACCAUUAACCACCUUUGGUCCCAUAAGAGAAUAUAACAACAUUUAUGUAGACUCAGCAAACGUUUUAGAACUUUUUGUCCAGAAACAGGAUAAGUGACUUGCUGAAAGGAGAAAGGGCCCCAGAGAAUAUCAUACAAACUUUAAUGAAGUUUUAGAUUAGGGGUGGGAAGCAGAACAUGUCCUUUCAAAAGGGCCAGUUUAAUAACUCAAUAAAUAGGCCCUCAGACACAGAUACAUGAAGCACACACACAUACACACACACACACACACACACACACACACACACACACACACUCACACACACACACACACACAGUAAGACUAGUAUUAAGUAACCUUGAAGAAAGCCUCUGGAAGCCUUAGGAGAGCCUUCCUGGGAACAGAGAAGAGAGAUUUGUGCCUAGCGCCUGGCGCUGCACUGCAAGUUGCUGAGAUGGGAAUAUCAAGUAGGAACAGAUCUUGACAGAGAACUGGGUGGAUCUUGGGCAUGACAAACAUCCUGAGGCAUUGCCAAAUAUUUCAGUUUAGUCCUAUUCCUCCACCACUGAGAUUGUAGAAAAUCCACGUUGACUGGUUUUGUUGUCUCCCCUUGACUCUUAAAUAACACAUGUAACUGAUUGUUUUCUUUUUGGAACGUACUAAAACCUUAUCCUGAAUUCUAAAAGCUUUCUAUCGGCAAGAUUCAGAUUAUAAGCCUGCUGUUUAAGAUGUGUUGUGGCAUGUAUCAGGGCAUAAUCACUAUAAACCCUAUUAUGCUCAGUAUUUUUACGAUUAUAUGUGUGCGGUGUCUUUAUACAAUACUACACGACGUAUCUCACAAUAUAUACCUAUAGCAAUUGGCAUCUUAAGUCCUUAUUAUUUGCCUGGUCACUUCAAAUGAUUUGAACUCUGCAGGCCAGGAGUUCACAAUUAUGGUAAUUCUGCUCUUUCAAACUCUUAUUUCAACUCUUUUUUACCAAGCCCAUGUUUACCAAGUAUCAAGCCCAUUUGAAACAAGAGAAUAUCAAUCAAUAAAUCAAUAAAGGGCCUUUUUUGAGGGCCUCCCUUUCCAGUUUAAAGGUAUCAGAAUUGUUUCAUCAGAUUUAGCCAUGUAGACUGAGUUAGCCAAAGGUACCAAGGCUAGUGUUUCUUUUCUGCUAAAUAUACUACUUCAAUACAUGUCAUUACAUCAACAGAAUUCUCAAUUUCAAUUUUGAUUAUUUUAUUUGAUGAAGAUGCCAAUAAUAACAUACAAAUAUUAAGGACUUAAUUUAUGCUAAUCACAUUAUAUUUGACGUAGAAUGUGCAUGUAUUUUGUGUAGCCAACCAUAUAAAAAUGCAUCAAUACACUAAA